UAUUUCAUAUAGAACAGUGAAUUCAAUUCACCACAGUUCGCAGCGCACACUGAAAUUCAACACCGACGACGAGAAGCAAAAAAGCAAUGGAACCUUCACUUCAUAUUCAAGUUUUCUUGAAUUUCGAGACUUAGACGCAUAGCAUAUCCAAUUCCUCACGUCACUGAAUCAACAAUCCAACUAUUUAUACGGUCUCUCUCUCUUCCCAUACUUACCCCGUGAGCUCAGUAAAGUUUGCAUCUUUAUACUCCUUCUAUUGUGAAAUGGAGUUAGGGCUGGUCACCCCGCUGAGAGCUGCAUGGAUUGCUGCAACUUUGCCAAUUGUUAUUGCUUUGAUUCCUUCCUCAACGCUUAGGUCUUUUCAACAGUUCUUGUUAGGGUUUGCUAAGCGUGGCAAAAUUAUGCAGUCUUCCUCAAAUAAACUCUCUGUUCCACAGAAACUCUUCAUUCACUUCUAUGUUUUAGCUUUUGUUUGGACAACACUUCUGUUAGCUGCAACGUGGCUUUAUGCUUACAGUACAAUGCCAAAGAUCUCAGAACCAUUGCUUUUUUCUAGUAUUGCUAGCCACUUGACUGGAGGAUCACGUAUCUUCUCUUUACAAGGAUCCCACACAUCAAAGGAACAUAGAAGCAAGAUUGGUUUAUCAGUCUUUCUGCUUUUAUUAAUGGAAGCUCAAGUACUUCGACGCCUCUUUGAGUCAAUAUACGUGUUUAAAUAUAGUCCUUAUGCCAGGAUGCACAUUUUCGGCUAUCUCACAGGUUUAUUCUUCUAUACCGCAGCUCCCCUCUCUCUUUGCUGCAAUUAUGCUACAGAGGUGUACAAGUUCGGGUUGAGUUUGAUUCAAGAGUUUAUUGUUAAAGGAAAAGAUAGGAUGCUAGCAACUGAGGUUGAUUGGUGGAGGUUUUUGAAUCCUCUCGUGCAACUACGAUGGUACACAUGGAUUGGUGCAGCUAUUUUCUGUUGGGGUUGGAUUCAUCAAUGUCGGUGUCAUGCAAUUCUUGGGUCAUUGAGGGAGAACAGAGAACACAGUGAUGAUUAUGUAGUCCCUCAUGGUGAUUGGUUUCAAUAUGUUUCAUCUCCUCACUAUUUGGCUGAGAUUGUUAUAUAUGCUGGCUUCGUGGUUGCUAGUGGAUGUUCAGACCUUACGAUAUGCCUACUCUGGGUAUUUGUGGUGGCAAAUCUUGUCUUAGCAGCAGCAGAAACACAUAGAUGGUAUCUGCAUAAGUUUGACAACUAUCCAAGGAAUCGUUUUGCUAUUUUCCCAUUUGUUUAUUAAUGCUUAAUGUCCAAGAACUGCUAUAUAUUUCUUUGAGCGGAACUGUGACUGUAUAUAGGUUUUGUAAGCUAGAUGUGAUGAUUUGUUUCUUGGGUUAGCUGGUAGAUCUACUCUGUUCUACCCAUGGAUACAGAUCUAUGGAUCAAAAUCUUAGCCUACUUUUUUAGUGACUCAAUGGGAGCAAUUGGUUUUUUCCCUUUUGUUUUUUCCUAUAGCUUCCCUAUCAUGCAACAUAAAUGAUUGAAGAUUGUGGAUGUUGCAGCAGAAGUUACAUGAAUAAGAUCAGAUUGUCCUCGACGUUA